AAAAAGGCUAGGGGUAUACCAUGUUAGCAGCAUCACACAGUUCUUCUCCCACUAGUUAUUUUCUUACACUUGGGUUUUUGUUUGGUAAUGCAGAGGUGGCUAAAUGUAAAGGAGAACUGCCCCCAGGAACAGAUGUACUUGGAUAACAAGGAUGACAGUAUGGUUUCUAGACAAGAAAUGGAGCUGAAUCGGACCCCUUCACAUCAAACCAGUUUAUCUGCAAGAGUGGCAACCAAACCGGGGACCAGAAGUUGCAAUGAGCUGUGGCUCUUAAAAGAGUAUCAUGGCAUGGUAACGAGUCUUGGAGAGCCACACACCCCCUGUGAAAAAGCAGCAAUUGAAGAGGAUGGCUGCGUUGCUCUGGGGAAGGAUUUCACUCAAGUCCCCAUGCAGGGAAGAUACCACUUCAAUUUUUCCAAAUUGUUCAGCUCAAGGUCAAGAACCACUUGCUUUACAGAGAAGACACCACUGCUGAAGGUUUCCUCAGAGGAAAAUGGGUUGCCAUGCAUGGGUCUUCAUAACCCAGAUUUUACCACAGAUGAUGAUUCAUGGGACAACAGCUCUGCCGAAUUUGAACAGAGAUUUCAUCUGGGAAGUGAAAUGACCAGUUUGUCUAGAUCUGCUUCUUCUGAGAAAUAUGAAAUCUUGGAUAACCUUCAUGUCAAGUUCAAUUUAUCAAAGAUGAGAUGCUGUCUAAAAUUCCUGAAAAUUUCAGUCCUUUUUAUCUUUGUGGUAGUCUGCUCUAUUUUGUUUGGCAUUUACCCAGAUCAACGUGUGUCCUGGCAGAUGUUGGCUGUCUCGCCUCUGGAAAGCUUCUCUAUGAAUUUGACAGACUUUCGUGACUCCGCUCUGUUGAAGUUAGACAUAGGAGGCCCAUUUGCAGCAGAUGUAGCUGAUGAACAAACACAAGAAUACAUUUUAGUACAAGUCAGCCAGACUGAAGAAACUGGAUCAAGGAGGAGACGCCAACAGCAGGUGGUAUACAACUGGUCUUUACCCUUAAGUUCAAGAAGAAAUCAGCAAAUCAUCACAACCAGAACCUUUCAGAUACCGAACAGAGGCACCAUCUUCUUAAACAUUCAAGCUCUCCUGCAGCAACCUGGAAGUGUUCCUCUCUCCAUGAAACAUCAAUACCUUCAUGCAAAUGUAGAGGCACAAGUAACAAUUGCAUCCAUCAUCUUAGUAGGCGUCUAUGUGCUGAUCAUACUGGAAAUCGUUCACAGGACUCUUGCAGCGAUGCUAGGCUCUUUGGCAGCUUUGGCUGCAUUAGCUGUUAUUGGGGAGAGGCCGAGUAUGGUCAAAGUGGUAGAGUGGAUUGAUUAUGAGACACUGGCACUACUGUUUGGAAUGAUGGUUUUAGUGGCCAUAUUUUCAGAAACUGGAUUCUUUGAUUACUGUGCAGUAAAGGCUUAUAGAUUCUCUAGAGGCAAGGUGUGGGCCAUGAUUACGCUUCUGUGCCUUAUUGCUGCAAUUCUUUCUGCAUUUUUGGACAACGUUACCACAAUGUUGCUCUUUACUCCAGUAACCAUAAGGCUCUGUGAAGUACUAAAUCUUGAUCCAAGGCAUGUCCUGAUUGCAGAAGUAAUCUUCACAAAUAUUGGGGGGGCUGCCACAGCUGUUGGGGAUCCUCCAAAUGUGAUUAUUGUUUCCAAGCAGGAGCUGAGGAGGCAGGGAUUGGAUUUUGCAGCCUUCACAGGACAUAUGUUUAUUGGAAUCUGCCUUGUUGUUCUGGUUUCCUUUCCUUUUCUUGGACUUCUUUACUGGAACAAAAAACUGUAUAAUAAGGAGCCGAGUGAAAUCGUUGAACUGAAACAUGAGAUCUAUGUUUGGAGGUUGACUGCUCAGCGCAUUAACCCUGCCAGCAGGGAAGAAACUGCCGUGAAAUGCCUCUUGAUGCAGAAGGUGCUGACUCUGGAGAUACUCCUGAGGAAGAAGCUCAGGACAUUCCACAAGCAAAUUUCACAAGAAGAUAAAAACUGGGAAACAAAUAUUCAGGAACUCCAGAAAAAACACAGAAUAACAGACAAAAUCCUUCUCGUCAAAUGCCUUACUGUGCUGGGAUGUGUUAUUCUGAUGUUUUUUCUCAACUCAUUUGUUGCAGGUGUCUACUUAGAUCUUGGCUGGAUUGCCAUUUUGGGAGCCAUUUGGCUGCUAGUGCUAGCAGACAUCCAUGAUUUUGAGAUGAUAUUAAGCAGAGUGGAAUGGGCAACCCUUCUUUUCUUUGCAGCGUUAUUUGUUCUCAUGGAGGCUUUGGCUCAUCUGCAUUUAAUAGACUACAUAGGAGAACAGACAGCUUUGCUAAUAAAGGUGGUUCCUGAGGACCAGCGCUUGGCAGUGGCCAUCAUUUUAGUGCUCUGGGUAUCUGCUUUGGCCUCGUCUGUGAUUGACAAUAUCCCAUUUACAGCUACAAUGAUUCCUGUUCUUCUCAAUCUGAGUAAAGAUCCUGAUGUUAACUUGCCUAUUAAACCAUUAAUAUUCUCGUUGGCCAUGGGUGCAUGCCUAGGAGGCAAUGGAACACUGAUUGGAGCAUCUGCAAACGUUGUUUGUGCAGGAAUUGCUGAACAGCAUGGCUAUGGCUUCUCCUUCAUGGAAUUCUUCAGGUUAGGUUUCCCCAUGAUGAUCGUGUCCUGUACCAUCGGGAUGUGCUAUCUUCUUGUUGCUCAUGUUGUAGUAGGUUGGAAUUCAUAAUAAUUUAUGCAUUCAAGACUCAAGGAAGCUUUCUGUUUCAUUUGAUUUGUAUAACAGAACACUAAGAAGACACAUAAAAGCAGAAAGUUGUGUGAAACUCCCACAUAAGGUAUCAACCAAAAUGAUUGUGUCAGGUUUGAUCAUUCUAAACUUCUGUUCUGUGAACAAUUUGCAGAAAAAGACAUUCCAAAUUAAAGAAUCCAUAUAUAAUUAUGUAAAAAAGUUAUCAUGCAGAUGAAAAAACACCACUGUGAGAGAAUAUAUUGUGCCUGAAAGUUUAUAUUAACACAAUCCGAGUGUAGUCACAGACGAAAAACUCAUUCACAAUGGGAGAUGUUCAUUAAUUUCUUUUAGAGCUUCAUUUAUCUUUGUCAGUGUAUUUAGCUGUUUGUAUUCAAGUAACUAAUAUUCAAGCUACAAUAAUAGACAAUUAAGCAGACAGUCUGUACAAUAUGGAAGAUGUAUCAUUAUCUAUGUUUAAAAAUAAACUCAACUCCUGAAAAUGUACUA